AGGAUAUCCAAUUCGCGGCAGCCGCAGUGAAUUGUGAAAGCCACAUCUGUACACUUUGCGUUCACAAGUGCUACGCGUAUCAUCGUCUCUAUAGAAUGGCGAAAAUGAAUGCUAUCGGUGUUAUUGUGGUGUGUUUUGUGGUUGUUGCUGGGCCCGUAGCCUUGGUUAGGGGGUCGGCCAUUCCGAUGUGGGAGUUCCUUAGCAGAGAGGAAAAGAUGUCAUUUUUGUAUUCAAUGUUCGCAAAUCAAGUGGAAGGUUUCUGUGAGACAUCAGCAUUGGAGAACUGCAAUAGAGAACUUCUGAAGUACGGACUUAAUCGUCUGAAGGGCAUGGCCGAUGAACUUUUGGAUGCUUUGGACCCCUACCAGAGAGGAGCUGACAAUAUGAUUUGGGAUGCCAUGAUGUCGAAACAUCCCUUAUCGAAGACCACCACCCGGCCGAAAACCUCAACCUCAACGGCAAAGCCUAACUCCUACGAGGAUGAAUCUUUCAGCGAUGUCGACUUCAGCAUUCAGACAGCUGCUUCUGCAAAGAUCGACAACGUCUACAGAGUUCCGCCUCCAAAAGGAUUCGUCCCAAGAGCGGAUCCUUCUGUGGAAGAUCUGCACGUCACAUAUCCGCAGAUGGACGUGCUGACUGAGAAAAAAGGUGUUUUCACGAGAUUCCAAGGAGGUGAAGAAUCCGUGUCUUUAACGUCCGAAAGAUCGCCGGAAUAUCCGGAUCUGCCAUUGACCGGACCUAUGGAAGUCAGAGUAUACCCAGACGGCACCCCAGUACGAGAAAACAGACCAUUACCUCAAGACGAGGACCUGAGACAGUACAAGAUGUCUAAAGUGAAAAUACCUACAUUAUAAGUGCAGAUAAAUGCUCCGAAAAGGAGUGGAAGGGAUGGAAACAAACGAACCUCCUCUAAUUUUGCAAAAAUAAUACGAAGAGCGAAACGCGGGUUCAAUUAUGACCCCUUGAUGAGAUAUAAGGUGUUGCAAAUAUCUAGUUCUUGAUUAAAGGUAGAACAUGAACGUUUUUCAAAUAACGUUGUAAUGGGAUGGAAUUCCUAAAACGGUAAUAAUUUUUUUCAUCAAGGAAAAAUGCUAGAAGUGUUUUGUUAACGUUUGCUUCUUUUCUUCUUGUACCUUGGGAUUAAAAAUUUUCCAGCUUCUGUGUCCAUUAUGCAGCUUCAGCUGAGGGAGUCUUUAUGUAUAUUGCUUAUAUCGUCUCCGCACCUGCGUAACUAACAUUUUACAAAUUUUACAGGAGAGCUUUAAAUAAGAUUGAAAAUGACACUACUGAUGAAGCACGCUUUUCAUGAAAGAAUUUUUCCAAAACAUUGUAUUUUUAGCUGUUCUUUCCAUCAUUAUUUCCACCGCCAUCUAUCUGCCAUAUGACGUAGACGUAUGUGCAUAUGUCAUACAUGAUAGGCGCUUGCCUGCGGUGUUGCCGGAUUGGCUCCUCAUUUAGGGAAAAAUAUGAAAAGUUGAAAAUUUAUAUACAUAUGUAAUGUAUAUUAAUUAAUGAAUCACAAAAACGAAAAACUGAAACAAACAAACAACAGUAGCAAAAUAAAAGGCGAUUCCUAAUAAGUGUAAAUCAAAAAAUAACAGUAGUAAGCUAAAAAAUGAUAAAUUAUAAUUAAUUAUAAAAAACAAAAAAUAAAAACAGUAGUAAAACAAAAACUAAUUCCAUGUAAUUAUAAAAAUCAUUUACGCCCUUACGUGCGGAGACUGACGAUAUGAUACUCUUAUUAUGCAUGUAAAAACGUUGAUACCUCUAUCCGCCCUGAAGAUUGUUUUUUCUAUAUCCUGCAAGCACAAAUUCAACACCCUCUAUCUCAGUAAGGAACCUUCUAGGUUAUUUUUGGACCCAGAAGGAUUAUAACUGUCCAGUUUUAACUAUCUGAUAUGACAGAUAUGGAGCACCUGUUUUGCAUUCAGAAUAUGCAAAAUGUAUCCUUUGUAUAUUUAAACAGAUAAUACUUAUCCAGAAAGCGUUUACAUAAACAUGUUUGUCUCGUUUGUUUUUAUCUCCUCCAGAAGAUUUCUUGAGGCCUAUAUCAACAAAAAUUUGUGAUAUUUUUUCGUUUACUUCAUGCUUCUUCAUUUGUAAAUAUUUAUUGUAUAGUUGUUUUCAUGUGCGUGCUUGUUGCGAGUGAUAUUUUUUAAUUUAUUGUAUGAACUCAUUUUCUUUUUUAAGUAUUUAUUAGAUAGUUAAGUGUUUGUAAAUAAAUAUAUCAUCACAGGAUUAUUGUGAUGUUACUUAGCCUUCGUGCACCCAUUUUUUGGGAGCUUCUGUUUAAGUUAGAAAGUUAUACUUAUGAUGGUCUAAUUUCAUUAAGAAAAAUAAAGAAAUCAAGCCGAUA